CGCCCGGCGGCCUCUGCCCGGAUCUCGGCGCCGCAACCCUGCGCCUCUCCCGCCCUUGUCUCCGGCUCCGCGGCCCGGGCACAGCGGAGGUGGCGGCGCCGUGGGCCACCGUAUCGGGAAUAGAGCAGAAGAAAUAUUAUGCCUGUGUUCCCUUGGGACUCAUUGGACAUUCUACAGUGACAUCUUCUGGGAUUUAGUCUGUGCGUCGCCUUUGUAUCUAUGCCAAUGCAGUUAUCCAUGUGACUCCAUGUGUUUGAAGGAGUGUGCCGCCUGGUGCCUACCAUGGAAGUCGAUGUCAACGGAGAGUCCAGAAGCACCCUGGCCACGCUGCCCCUGCCGGUGGCUGAGGCGAGCUCCCCCGGCAAGGCCGAAGCGGAGAAGCCCCGCUGCUCCAGCACACCGUGCUCGCCCAUGCGCCGGACUGUGUCGGGCUACCAGAUUCUGCACAUGGACUCCAACUACCUGGUUGGCUUCACCACUGGCGAGGAACUCCUGAAGUUAGCCCAGAAGUGCACGGGAGGUGAAGAGGGUAAGGGAGAAGCUGUGCCUUCCUUGCGCUCCAAGCAGCUGGACGCAGGACUCGCGCGUUCCUCCCGUUUGUACAAAACCCGAAGUCGGUACUACCAGCCCUACGAGAUCCCGGCGGUGAACGGCAGGAGGCGAAGGCGGAUGCCCAGCUCAGGAGACAAGUGCACUAAAUCUUUACCUUACGAACCUUACAAGGCCCUCCACGGGCCUCUGCCUCUUUGUCUUCUUAAAGGUAAGAGGGCUCACUCCAAAUCUCUGGACUACCUCAAUCUAGAUAAAAUGAGCAUCAAGGAGCCAGCGGACACAGAAGUGCUCCAGUACCAGCUCCAGCACCUCACCCUCCGAGGGGACCGUGUGUUUGCCAGGAAUAACACAUGAGCCAGGGGCAGAGAGUACCGACCAGUGUAGGUCAGCGUCCGCUUGGCUGGGAAAACCCACUGUCGUUCUCUGUACAGGACUCCUUCACAUUAUAGAUGGUUAUAUCAGCUCAGUGUUCCUGGAACCUAAAAAUUGUCUGGAUCAAAAUUUGAACACAGGAAUGAAAUCACAGGUACUUGGGGGGAAAUCGUUCUAGAGCACGCCACUGCAAAGAAAACAGAAUGUCGGCCAUUAGUUUGAAUAGCUUUUUAGCUAGGGGGAAAAAGGCUGUGGUCAGUAAUGCCAUCUUUAUGAUUCUGACACUCAAAUUGGGAAUGUUAUCUGCUUGGUUAUUGCUGACUUGGUAUGAUUCAUUAGAAAAUUAUAUCUUUACUCAAGUACUACUUUAAUCUCUGUAUUUUACUAUACGAUGUAUGUAAUGAUUUGUUUUAUGAAAUUUAGAACUUGAACAUUGCUGAAUUGGACCACUUUUUAUUUUUAAAUAUUGAGUUUAAAUAUUUUAUAACUGGUUUUGCACUGAAAAAUUUAACAUUUCAGAUUGACAAGAGAAUAAUCUGUCUUCACUUGCCUCAAUAAUACUGUUGAGCAGUGGAUUUUUUUAUUUCCGCAUGGAAAGUUAUGGAUCUCUAUGGCUGUAAAAUAUUUCUUUAUAGCAUUAUUAAAGUGUGUCUUAAUACAAUUAAAUUUGGGAUACAAAGUAUUUAUUUUACAAUGGGUGGGGGGAAGCUUUUCCAGAAAGUUUCCAAUAUGAAGUUUUCAUAAGUUAAAAAAAAGUUUCCAUAGUGCUUACUUUCUAAGUUAAAAAUUCAUCUGGAACUUUAAAAUAGAGAGGAUUCUUUUAAUUGCGGAUGAUAGGCAUAAUACUAUUUGCAUCUGAAUGUUCUGUAAGUGAAUGAAACUUUUAGUAGAAGGACUCAUGAUUUCUACUAUCGAAUGCUUAAACUAAGUAUGGAGUGAUACCAUUCAGCAUGGCAUCCGGGUUAUUCUAGUUUUAGUUCUGUGCAGCUCAAGCGCUCGUUGAAAUUCCAGUUUCUAGGAUUAGUGUGGGAGCCUAAAGUGCUUCUGCAGUUUUAAUGGGUUAAUCCUGGAUUACUUAACAAUUUGUGUCAAUUGCACUGGUUUAAUUUGUUGCUAAAGUAAUAACGCCCUGGCUUUAGUAACAAAUACAGCUCAACUAUUCUUGAAUAUAUUUUGAGAAAAAUGUAUGUAACUUAACCUUUUGUAAAAGUUUCUAUUUCUUUUAUUUCUUUUUUGACUCUUGAAGGUGCAAUUUAUUACCAAAUUGGCAUUUCUGGCAGCAUAGAACUGCUUAUUUUAAAUUUUAGUUUGGGGGCUGUGAGUUUCUUAGGUGUUAGCAGUCUUGCUUAUAAAAUAAGAACACCUUUUAUUAACGAGUGGGUCAUUCUUGGCACAGAUAUGACUUUCCUUUAACCAGAAUGAAGGGCAAACUCUGUUUAGAGCAGAAUAAGUAUUAGAAAAUCCUAGGAACUCUUAAUCAACUUUAUUAGACUUUCACUGAGGCAAACCGUGUGAAAGCGCCUUGGGGAAGUUGACCCCUCUCUUACUGAAUUGAUCAGAUUUCUUGGUGGGCUGAAAAUUUUCAGCUGUUGUAUAUUUUAAAGUAAAUUGCACCUUUGUAACAUAAUUGUAUUGACGAAUGAUCACUAAGAUUAACUAUCUAUACAGUCAUUAGUUUGACAAGAAAUAGAAUCCUGUCAGAUGCCAAAGAGUUGGGAUUUUUACGUUUAAUGAUUAAACACCGUUAUUUAUUGAUGAUUUACCCUGUGGAACUGUAUUAUUUCUAACUAUGAAAUAAAAGGGUGAUGUAAACACACAUCGUUGUGUGGUGCUUUAAACAAGGUCCAUCUUCUACAGGCUAGUUACUGUUCAGGAAUUGCACCUAAGGACUUAUUUUUAGGCCCCAUUUUUGUAAAAAAAAAAUAUUUUUGGUGCUCAUUUGCAUUUUAGGGUAAAGGAUAUAUUCAUGGCAAUGGUAUGUAUUCAGUUUAUGAGGAAACACGGCUGUGUACCUAUGAGAUCUGUCCCCUGCCCAUGCACCUAAGUACUUUGUUGAGCUAAAUAAAAAUGUGUAGCUCUUA